UAGGUUGCUGUGAGUUAGCCAUUGUUGUAGAAUGUCGCCAAGCAUGUAAACAGGCAUCUUCAAAAAAUGAUAUUAUGAAAGUUUGCAGGAAAGAAUAUGAGUUUCCUUCUCUUUUCUGGAUUUCUGCAUUGCUGUAGGAGGUUGACCAAUGUUUGUUGGAGAACGGAAAGGACAGAAUGCACUUUUUAGCUGCAUCAACAGAAAUGAAAUGGGAUCAGUUUGUUGCAGUUAUGCUGGUCAUCACACAAACUGCCGGGAAUAUUGCCAGGCAAUCUUUCGAACAGACUCUUCUCCAGGUCCUUCUCAAUUCAAAGCUGUUGAAAGUUACUGUGCCUCCGUUAGCCCACAAUUAAUUCAUUGCGUGAACAACUACACACAGUCCUAUCCAAUGAGAAAUUCAACAGAUAGUUUAUACUGCUGUGACAGAGCGGAAGAUUAUGCCUGCCAAACAGCUUGUAAAAGGAUCCUGAUGUCAAUGAAAACAGAGCUUGAAAUUGUGGACGGACUUAUUGAAAGCUGUAAAACGAUGCCUCUGCCACAGGAUCCUCUAUGGCAAUGUUUCCUUGAGAGCUCAAGAUCUGUUCACCCUGGAGUCACUCUGCACCCUCCACCUUCAACAGGUCUGGAUGGUGCUAAAUUACACUGCUGUUCUAAAGCAAAUACUUCCACAUGUAGAGAUUUAUGCACUAAACUCUAUAGCAGCAGCUGGGGCAAUACACAGAGCUGGCAAGAAUUUGAUCGCUUUUGUGAGUAUAACCCAGUCGAAGUUUCCAUGUUGACCUGUUUAGCAGAUGUACGUGAACCUUGUCAGCUGGGCUGUAGAAAUCUUACUUACUGCACUAAUUUUAAUAACAGGCCAACUGAACUCUUCAGGAGCUGCAAUGCCCAAUCAGACCAAGGAGCCAUGAAUGACAUGAAACUUUGGGAGAAAGGAACAAUUAAGAUGCCAUUUAUCAAUAUUCCUGUUCUUGAUAUUAAAAAAUGCCAGCCGGAAAUGUGGAAGGCGAUUGCUUGUUCACUGCAGAUAAAGCCGUGUCACAGUAAAUCUAGAGGGAGCAUAAUCUGCAAGUCGGAUUGUGUGGAAAUUCUCAAGAAAUGUGGAGAUUUAAGCAAAUUUCCUGAGGGACACAUGGCCGAAAGCAUCUGUGAACUUCUGUCGCCAACCGAUGACUUGGAGACUUGCAUACCUUUAGAUACAUAUGUUCGCCCAAGCACUUUAGGGAACAUUGUGGAUGAUGUCACACACCCCUGCAACCCAAAUCCUUGUGCUGCCAAUCAGUUAUGUGAAGUAAAUAGAAAAGGAUGUCAGGCUGGGGAACCGUGUCUUCCUUAUUUUUGUAAACAGGGCUGCAAGUUGGGCGAAGCUUCCGAUUUUAUUGUCCGCCAAGGUACCCUCAUCCAGGUCCCGUCCUCUGCAGGAGAUGUCGGCUGCUAUAAGAUCUGCACGUGUGGCCAGAGUGGGCUGCUGGAAAACUGUAUGGAACUGCACUGUGUUGAUCUCCAAAAAUCAUGCAUUGUUGGAGGGGAAAGAAAAGGCCACGGAAAAUCUUUCAAAAUAGAUUGCAAUGUCUGUUCUUGUUUUGCUGGGAAUCUGAUAUGCUCCACUCGCCAGUGUCUGAAUGAAUACAACUCAGAUGAUGAGCAUGACAUUACAGGUCUGCCAUGUAACUGUGCUGAUCAGUUUGUCCCAGUGUGUGGACAGAACGGUCGUACCUAUCCAAGCGUAUGUAUAGCACGUUGUGUGGGGCUUCAGGACAAUCAGUUUGAAUUUGGAUCCUGCAUCUCCAAGGAUCCUUGCAACCCUAAUCCCUGCCUUAAAAAUCAGAGGUGUAUACCGAAGCCACAGGUUUGCUUAACGAGUUUUGAGAAGUUUGGAUGUAACCAAUAUGAAUGUGUGCCCAGACAAUUCAGUUGUGGUGACCAAUUGCGAGAUCCUGUUUGCGAUACAGACAAUAUAGAAUAUAGCAGUCCAUGUGUUCUACACCAAAAAGGGAAAAGUGUAUCAUACAAAGGUCCAUGUCAGUCAUUUUGCAAAUCAGUUGAUUUGGUAUGUGGCCAUAAUGGUGAAACCUACAACAAUGUGUGCGCUGCGUAUUCUGAUCGUGUGGCUAUAGAUUACAAGGGACCUUGUCAAGCUGUAGGAGUCCUUUCUGACUACAGUUAUCAAGGAGAAUGUGCAUCUGUAACAUGUCCUCGUCUUGCAGCAACUGGAUACAAGUCAGUUACCCCACCAGGAGCUUGCUGUUCUUUGUAUGCUGCAAUACUCAGGGUCUUGUAUGAUAAAGAAAAACUGGAUACCUUCGCCAAGAUAACCAACAAAAGGCCAAUCACUGUACUUGAAAUACUUCAAAAGAUCCGCCUCCAUGUGUCUGUGCCACAGUGUGAUGUUUUUGGAUACUUCAGCAUAGAAUCUGAAAUCGUGAUCCUCAUCACACCUGUUGAUCAAAACCCUAAGCCUCUUCAGAUUGAAGCCUGCAAUAAAGAAGCAGAAAAGAUAGAAUCGCUGAUCAACUCUGACAGUCCUGCUCUAGCAUCCCAUGUGCCACUUUCAACACUUAUCGCAGCCCAGGCGGAAGUUUCACGCAAGAUGUCUUCUUCUUGUAGUCUGGUUAUGCAAGCACAGUGUACUUUCUUCUGGAGCCUUGUGCUCACCUUCACAGCCACAAUAUGUAAUACGUAGUGGCAAGUGAGGUUUGUAAUUUGAUUUGCGAAAGACAUUCAGAACUUAAUGGUGUAUUAAUAAUGUAACAUUAAUGAUGUUUCCGAGAGGAAACUAUAUGACCAAAGUGAUUACUCCACACAGCACCAGCAAUAAUGUACAAUUUAGGUGGGAGACCGAUCCCCCCGCCCUGAGCUGAAGGCUCUGCCUGUAGUGUGCUCAUUCAUUUCUUUUAUCCUCUUAUCAUUUUUGGUCAAACAGUUUUGGAGAAUUUUGCAAUGCUUCAAAAAUCAGGAAAACGUGUUGAGUGAACAUGGUAGCAAGACAAAAGAAAUGACUGUCUGGACAGUUAAAGUGCUAGCAUAC